AUGGCAGCUGCUAAACCUCCUCCUGUUAGAGAAUCAUGUGAUAUCAGAGACACCAUACUAGAAUGGAAGUUGGAAUUAAUAGACCUUGACAAUUUCCAAACAAUUAAAGUAAGCAGAAGACCAGAAUCACUAUGGGAACAUUCUCUACGAUGUUUUCAGAGAUCUAGUUUUGAUGUCAGAAAACUGUUAAAGGUUAAAUUCAGGAAUGAAAGUGGCCAGGAUGAGGGUGGUUUAAGGAGGGAGUUUUUAGAAAUUCUCUUUAGACAGAUGUUGUGUUCUUCACUUCUAAAAGACACAGGUGAUGGUUACGAAGUAAUAAGUAACAUGAUUGGAAUGGUUGAUAGACAUUUCCAUACUUUUGGGAAAAUGCUUGGUACCAUUUUGAUACAAGGAGGACCAGUAAGCCCAGCAUUUUCACAUAUGAUGAUCAACUAUGGACUGAAAGGUUUGGACAGUGCAACAGUUGACAGUGUACAAGAUGCCAACUGCAAGAAUAUUAUUUCGAAGAUCCAGGAUGCUGAUUAUCCAGAACAUCUCAUGGAAGAUGAAUCAGUGAUGAAUGUAUUGGAAGCUGCUGGGAUUUGUACAAUACUAAACCCAAAGACAAAAUCUUCAAUAGUCAAAGCACUGAUAUUGAGUAACUCUGACAUUCUCAGAAAACAACCAAUGCUUGAUGCAUUUUGGGAAGGAGCAGAGUGUGUAGGAUUAAAAACUAAAAGUUACUACAAAAUAAACAAGGUCAGCUUGAGAGAAUUUUAUGUCACAGAUGUGGUAAGCCACCAAAGAUAUCUGCCGAAAUCCUCAUGGAAAUGGUGGAUGUCAGCACAUUUGGAAGAUCUGGCAGUAAUGCCAGGCAUUAUUCAGAGGAUGUUGAUCAAAAUUUUGAAAGUUUUGUGCAUGAUUGUGAAGAUGGAACGUGUACCUAUGAUGGAGGUGUUGUUAAAGUGGAUGAUGUUCUUAGAUUUAUAACUGGUUGCAGCACAGUAACUCCAGGAGGAUUUGAUGCUCGCUUCUCAAGUGGUUUUACUGAAGAAAGAAAAUAUCCUAUAGUUUCAACAUGUACAUAUGAAGUUGUUCUACCACUUCAUUUAAAGAAUUACAAUACCUUUAAGAACAUAAUGAUUGAAUCUAUUGUUUCAGGA